CUGGAUACUCGGUUACUCUUUAUAUAAAACUAGAUGAUACGGAAAGGGAACAAAACGCACAAUAUUAGUUGAGCAGCAUGGCGGACCUUGUUGGUUUGCUGUUGCUGCUGUUAUUUUUAUUAGUGUAUCUGGGUGACAGCAGUAAAGUGGCAGUGGAUGUCUCCUUCUGUAGGAGUCGUGGUUUCUCCAGUGUUAACCUCAUGUGCAGCAGUUGUGAUGACCUAGACCAGUUUAACUUGUCUUCUUUAAAAGACGACUGCCAACAGUGCUGCCAAGAAGACCACAGCACUGAAGACAACAAAAUACUGUAUCCAUAUGCAGAACUUGUCGUGUGUGGAUGAAAAUUGGGGAGAUAUCCACAGGUCCAAGCCUUUGUUAAGAGUGAAAAACCAAACCAGUUCCCUGGACUGAAGAUCAGGUAUGUUCGUGGAGCGGACCCGAUCAUCAAACUUCUCAACGAGAACCACGAGGUCCAGGAAACGCUCGGAAUUGACAAAUGGAACACGGACACUAUGGAGGAAUUCUUCCAUGACAAGCUGAAGAAGUAAACCAACGACAUCGCAUAAAGCUCUGAAACUCCUCUUGUGCUCAUGUCUGUUUGGCUCGACAGUUGGGCUAUUGUUUUCAACACAAUCGGACAGUAGACAUUCAAAAUAUAUUUUUGCUUAAAAGUUGAUAGACAACCUGCAACACAUAUAAAUUGUAUUUUAAAGAAUGAAACGAGUAGAUAUCUUUUUUGGAAGCAUCUUUUUAUUUAUCAGUAUUAUGUUUUUGUCAAUACCAUGGCAAUUACAUAAAUGUAUGUACCGUUUUAUAAUGUAAGAAUAUUUAAAAAAAUAAAUUAAAAAAAUUGUUAUACCAGUACACUUAAUAUCUAUGCCAGUAAUUGAGUGGUCUCCAUUCAUUUUAUUACAUUUUUUAAUUCCCUCCCCUUCUGUACAACUUCAAAUUAUGGGGGGGGGGGGGGGGGGAGGGAUUUGUCUCUGCUGAAAUUAUAACAAAUUGUUCAUGUACAGUUUAUAGGCCUUAUUUUGUCUAUUGGUGUGUUGUGAAACAAAAUGACAAACUAUUUACAGCCAGAGAUAGAUGAUCAAAUUAUUAUUUGUAUCCAGUAUAUAUUUAUUGUUUUAUGCUUUGUACAUAAGCAUGGUAUAGUUUAAACAGAAUAUUGGUACCACUGUUCAAAGUUGUGUCCUGAUGGAACUGUGAAAUAAAUGUCAAAAACUUAAAUUAAAUUUAUUUGAUAUAGAUUUGAGAAUUUGUAUCAGCAAGUUUAUUAUUCUUUUUAGUAUCCAACAUCGGUUUUAUUGUGCUCCUCUAAAUUGUUUGUCAAUGUCAAAUGUAGAAUUAUGGACACCACAUACCUGAAAUUGAUGAAGAUGACAUUUUUGUCAAAAACUUUUAAUUUGUCUUAUUUUAAAUCAUUCUAUACCAAAUUCUGUAGUAUUGUUAGAUUAAAAAAAAUGUGCUUGUAAUAAACUUGUUUUUGUCUUCAGGGCUCAAACGUAACAACAGCACCGACAGCAAUUGCUGUCGUUGAGAUAAAAAUUGUCAUCAGUAAAGCUCAUCAACAAUGACAAAAUGUAUACACCUGGUGUAUAUAUUUGCCAGUAUUUAACAUUUGUGUAUUUGAAAUAUGUCUAUACAUGUAGCAAAAUAACCUUUCAGUCAUGUUUGCUGCAAAUGUCACUUUUAAAAAAAUGCCAUAGGCAGGCUCAAAAUGUUUGUGGGCCAUUUCACCAAUGACAAUUCUUUACAAAAUUGCUGAGGGAGACAAAUUCUUAAGUUCGAGCCCUGUGUCUUUAACAUUUUAUUUUUCACUGGAUGUAAAUAUCUUGUUUGAUCAUUAUGCUCUUAAGUUGUUUAACAUGUUAUUGCAGUCUGGCUUCUCCAUGAAGUCCUGGCAAGAAACCAAAUGGUGUGCUGGGAUGGAUAUAUCAUCACGAUAAGAAACCAGACUGCUGUGGGUUUCAGAGCUUUUACCUAAAUUAUGUUUAAUCUUAAUCAAUAUCACCAACAUGAAUGUACAUAAGAAUCAUGUUAUUUUCAUUACCUUUGGCCAUCAACAAUUGCUAGAAGUGUUUGUACAAUGUACAUGAGUAAAUAUUUGUGUUUAUACAUUAUGUUUAUACAAGUAUGUUUUGCAUUGCUUGAAUGACUUUUGUCUCAACAGACAGUGAAUUGAAUAAUAAAUGAUGACAUUGUU